UGUCAUAGAUCUGUUCCAUAGAGAAAGCAAAACAAUGUUGUCGAGUUUAUGCGUAAGGGUACAAGGAAUAUUUCGUGAAGUUUUAAACUGGCAUAGACAACAUUAAAUAGGUUUUCGUGUGUUUUUAAAUGAGUUCCGUUGAGUUUGUGCACAUUCUUGAUGUUUUUAGGGAACGAUAUGUAAUAUAACCUUACUCUGCUAUGUAUCGAACAGAGUCAUUACGGGGGACCCAUUUGAUUCCGUCGUAAAUAAGCUGCUGCUGUUUCAAUGACUGCUGUUGUCAGUUCUUUCGCCGCAAACGUUUGCAAACAAAAAUUAUUCCGCGAUUAUAUGGUAUAUCAGAGCGUUAAUGCGUUAUUUCUCCCCGUAAAAAUACGCCAAUGUGAAUGUUAAACUGCGCCUGUUUGAUCCCUUUCUUUAGAAGAUUGUAUUUUUUUAGUAAGCAUUCGAUUUUCUCAACGAAUUGUUUAAAUACUUUUAAGAAGUAAUUCAUGAGGUGCAGAUCAAUCCGAUGGGUAUUUUUAUCAAAGGCUUGACUACAAAAAGGGAAAAGUAGAUUAUAUAUGUUACUCCAGUAGUGUUGACGCUUGGAUGGUAGUAAUGUUUGUGACACUUAAAGCCUGCUCAUAAUAAACUGCAACAUACUGUGCUUUAGUCAGCUACAGUGCUUGCAGAAUGUAUUGGACAGUACACUUAGAAGGUGGACCAAGACGAGUUAAUCAUGCAGCUGUUGUUGUUCUUGAUAAGAUUUACUCCUUUGGUGGUUACUGCACGGGGGAGAACUACCAGAGGAAGCGGCCAAUGGAUGUUCACAUUCUUAACACAGGUAACUACAGGUGGCACGCUUUACCUACACCAGAAUACAAUGAUGUGACAAAAACCACUGUCCCAUAUCAGAGGUAUGGACACACAGCUGUUGAACAUGAGCAGAAGAUUUACAUAUGGGGUGGACGUAAUGAUGAAGCUGCGUGCAACAGAUUAUUCUGUUUUAAUCCAGAUACUUUAACUUGGAGCAGUCCCAAAGUGAGUGGGAUGAUUCCUGCUGCAAGAGAUGGCCAUUCAGCUUGUGUAAUUAAUAAUCAAAUGUUUGUCUUUGGAGGCUUUGAGGAACAGAUGGACAGAUUUUCACAAGAUGUCUAUGCUUUAGACCUGCGCACAAUGGUGUGGAGAUACAUAAUAACUCAGGGUGACCCUCCAUCAUACAGAGAUUUCCAUUCGGCAAAUGCAAUAGAUGAUAGAAUGUAUAUAUUUGGUGGGCGAGGAGAUGUGUAUGGUCCUUACCAUUCACAAGAGGAACUAUAUUCAAACAGUAUAAUGUACCUGGAUACAGCUACUGGAGUGUGGCAUCAGCCUCGGACAACUGGGGAUAUACCUUUAGGCAGGAGGAGCCAUUCUGCAUUUGUAUACAAAAAUAGCCUGUAUGUGUUUGGUGGCUACAAUGGACUCUGUGAUGAGCACUUCAAUGACUUGUACCAGUUUUCUCCAGUGACCAACACUUGGACACUUAUGCAGACACUUGGGAAACCUCCAAGCAGGAGGAGGAGGCAGUCAUGUCUUGUUGUUGGAGACAGAGUUUUCUUAUUUGGUGGUACAAGUCCAUACCAGGGACAGAUGUCAUACCAAGUAAUUGAAGAUCUGUACAAUGAAGGAAUUGACUCAAAACUUAUGGAUCAUAAUGAUAUGCAUAUACUGGACUUUGCACCCUCACUACGAACACUCUGUGCUAUGAUUGUUAUUAAUAAUCAGUUGGACUACAGCAGCUUGCCAGAGGAGUUAAGGUGGGAACUGCGUGUAAUGGUGACACCAAACUCCAUAUCAAGACCUUUGAACAACACUGGCUGACAUAGGGUAACUUGUUCAUUAUGCUGUUAUAACUCGGUCAGUGUGGCUGAAUAGGGCAAGACUGUUCUGUUGUCAAGUUAUAAGUAUCAGAUUACUACUGAGAAUGUAAGUCUUGUGAAAUAAAUUGUGUGUGUGUGUGUGUGUGUGUGUGUGUGUGUGUGUGUGUGUGUGAGGGGGAGGGGGAGAGAGAGAGAGAGAGAGAGAGAGAGAGAGAGAGAGGUUUGGUGUGAGUUUACGUUAGGUACAAAACUUGUGACAUAUUGUUGUUGUUUGAAAAGACUUGCUGACAUUGUAUGAAGAUACACUGUUGAAAUUGCAGCCACUACGUGAUGUCUCUUUAUACAUAAAUACGUGUCAUCAGGUUAUAUUGUUGAAUCUCUGAUGUUAUUGAUGUGAUGUGCAGUUGUAAUGCAGUUUUUGUGUGUAACUUUCAGUAAUUUGGGUGUACUCAUUGAAUUUUCAGUUGACAUAAAUAAUGUUUAAUUCAUUUAACAUAAUGUUGUUUUUGACCCAAAGAAAAUGUUUGAAACUUUUUUUUUACUGUUAAACAAUUGUUAUGAACUCUGUUAUGCUAUAAAGUCUAAAACGUGUACAGCUAAUAACUAAAUCACACUUAAUUCUUCAGUAUUUGGUUUAUAUAACUAUUAGCAGGAACAAAAUAUAUAUUGCUGAUGUGAAAAUCAGAUGUAAUUCACAUAAAAACUGUUUUUUAUUGUGUCCUUUCACUUUAAUAAAUAGAUUGCAGUAGUGCAGAGUUUGUAUUAAGACUUUAUAAGGUACAGCCUCAACCUCAGAAGAAAAUGUGAUAUUUAAAAGAAACAUAUAGCUCAGAAUUAAGUGAUCCUUCUUUAUGUAGAGACUAGAUAUGAACCUUCAAAUGGCAGUUAUCAAAAAUUCUGUUUAUCAUCAAUCACAAGAGAUAUUUUAAAUGUUGAAAGUGCAGUGUAUGUGUGUGAGAUUUUUCUGUUUUAUUUCCAUUAUCUUUUGUUGCUGACUGGUUUGAAAUUUGAGAAAAGUUACUUCUAUUUUACUUCAUGUCAUUGCUUCAUACCAGCAUUCUCUUUUAGUCACCUGCAUUAUACAGGUAUCUUUAAGAUGCGUGACAGGCUAGAUGCCAAAGAUAGGGAUCUACUAGAAUGGUUUGCAUGAGACUGUGUAUGACAAAAAAUUAUAAUAUGUAUUUUGUUGAGAAACUCAAAUUGUUAGUCUCAAAAGAGAGAUUGUUUUUAUUUUGCUGCAAGGACUAUUUGCAAUCAUACUUAGUGGAAGAAAGGAAAAUUAUAUCAAUAGGGGAUGCAAAAAUUAAUACAGAUUGAACACAAGCUAUCUAUAUGAGAAGUGAAUAGAUGAUUAUCAAUAUACAUACUGUAAAGCAAGAAUCUCCAAACUUUUGUGUGUAAAAGUGAUUUUGACAGAUGAUUGAUACCAUAUAUAUAUUUUAUUCCUCUUGCUUUUGUAAGAAAGUGACUGACAGUUGCACAGUACUGGUAGCCAUGAAAUUUGUAGAAAGACCUCUUGGGUGUUAGUUUGAUGAAAGUGAAUGUACAUGACUGCAUUCAGAAUGUGAUCAGUAGAGAAAACAUGUGUGAAACAAACAGAAUUCUCUCUCAGUGCACAUGUGUGUAUGAGAGAGAGAGAGAGAGAGAGAGAGAGAGAGAUGUGAAUGGUAUUUUCCUUUACAAAGUGCAGUAAUGACUUGAGACAUGUCAUCAUAAAUGUGAUACAUGGAAAUAAAGUAACUGAGGGUAAAAGUGACAUUUAUUUUCUCUUAACUUUAAUGUGUUACGUUUGCAUAUUCUUUCUUUCUUUCUUUUUUUUUAACAAAAUAGUUUUUUGAACCUUGUAGCUACUUUCUUUUCUCAAUAUGAUUACUUGAAAUCCACUUCUAAAGACAUUGUCAUCAACUAGGCACCAUUCUGGGGGAAAAAUUUAAAAAAACUGUAUCAGUUUGUGCUGUUCAUAAUUACUGUACUGCUGUGUGACAUAUCUAGAUAGAUGUUUGUAACAUGGAUAAUAUGUGUAUUCAGCUUGAUUUACUAUAAUUACAGUAGACUAACAACAACAACAUAUUAUAUUUCAAUGAAAAUAGUCUACCUGUUAACUGGUAACCCGAGAUUUGUUACCACAAUAAAACAAUGUUUUUCUUGGUAAUUGUUACUUUUUUCUAUUAAAGUGAUAACUAAAUAUUCCAUUAUAUUGUAGUAUUUGAAGCUAUGUAGAGGACAGAAAUUUGUACAGUGUAAUUUGAAACUGUGAAGCUUGUAUUUCUUCUUUCACAGUUGAUAUUGUAGCUCAGGCACUGAAACGUAUGUGAUUUAUUUCAUUUCUAAAUGUUCUAAUUUUUAUGGUGUACAUUACAAAUAUAUAAUUUAACAACUAAUGUUAGAAAUUAAAAUUUUGAAUAGUGACAAUAUUCAAGGAAGCGUUACUCACAGGUUGUAGGUAUUAAUAAUGGCAAUGCAACAUAAAAGUGGCAUGCUGGUCAUGUAAUUGCCAUAACCACUGCCGAAUUCACCUUCAGCUUGUUGAGAAAUACGUGUGUAAUAUUUGAGCUGAGAUACAAAAAUGGAAGUAAGUUUUUAUCUCUGCUAUUGGUGUUCCACUGCAUUUGGCAGUCUCACCCACAUAUCAUGGACUGUAGAGCACAGUAUGGCCAGGAAUCAGUAACAUCAUUCCUGCUUUUGAUAUUAUGUUACCACCAACAGACUAGUUACUGAUUUAACUCAUUUUUAUACUCAGAACAGCCCAUCAAACCACAGACAGAAAUAAUUUUUUAACAUUUUGAGAAACUCCCUACACUUAAUCCUCAGUCCAAAGUUGGGUGGCAACAAUUCUUCUCCACUCCUAUCUGUACCCUAUUAGCCUCUUAAUUUUCUCAUAUGGGCCAUCUUCUACAUCAUCUGUUAUCAGGCUAGAGUGUUGCACUCUAGGUUCUCAUCUUCCUCUCUUACCUUGACUCAUUCCUUCCAUUACAUUAAUUAGAAAACUAUCAGGACAGCUGAGAUGGUCAAUUAAUUGAUCUCUUCUUUUCCAUACUGUUGGUAGCUGAAAACUUUUUCGCCUAUUUUUCUAAGAAUUUCUUCAUUCUUGAACUUUGCUGUCCACAAGAUAAUUUUGAUCUUUCUCUAGCACCACAUUUCAAAUAUCUCCCAAAGUUGCUUAUGGUAUGUAUCCACAGAUCCACAUUUCUGAACGGUAUAAAGCCAUACUCCAGACAGAGCUCAGUAAAUCUCAAUACAGUCUCCAUUUUCAUGUACCUUGAUGGAAACAGCACUAUUCUCCUUGUAAUAGGGUACCCUGUAUCCUAUGCUAUACCUGCUCUUCUGACCUCCAAGGAGGCCAUUGCCACUUUCCCUCUCCUCCUGCUUCGUACCAUAUGGGGAGAUAGAUGUCAGGAUUUUUCUUUAAUUGUCUCAAGGACCAUAAUGACAUAUCCAAGAAUCUCAGAAAUAACACCACUCAUCUCAGUUACAUUCCUACCUCACUCAGAUGUUGACUAUGGACAAAUUUCUUAGACAUUUGUUACCAAUAUUCUCAUUUUAACAUGUCUACUGUAAACACCAGAUAUCAGUUACACCAUUAUCUUGUUCUUAGAUGACUUAUAAAGUAUCUGACGACAGACAGCAUCACAUGUGAGAGUCUUACUGUAUGGGUCAUAGUACCUUUUCAUUGCUUGCCUAAUUUUCCUGUCAAACCUAUUGUCAGCCCAAACCUGCUUCAUUCCAUGCUUUGUGAACCCAUAACUUCCAGUGCAGGACAUGGUCAUACACUUAUCGGUUUUAACUUCAACAAAAGCACUUCACUCCUUCUUUGUUCAUGAAAUCAUAACUUAUAGGAAAAUAGACGCUCUGUACAAUUGCAUAAUGCAUUUCAAAGCCAAGUGGGAUUUUUUAAUUCUUCAGUUACAGAGCUGCCACUCAAAUUUCUAACACUGUAUAAGAAAAACUGACCUUUAAUACAUUUUUGGUUUCAGACAUUUGCUCUGUCUGAUGGCCCACUUCCCUUAUCUUCCCAUUGUUCAUAACUUCAGUCUAGCCACAUAAUAUUUUUCCUCUCUCAUCUUAUCUUAAUAAAGCUUGUUUUAACAUUAAAAAGAACUGUUAUCUUGAAAAGCAAAUGAAAGGGAUGGAUUGCUGCCCACAACAUAGAGGAAGUACUGUCUUCUUUCAGUGUGUGUAGCUGCCACUCAAUGCCUCUUCUGUGUGGCGGCUAACAAUCUAAACAUUUCAGUUGGUGUUAUUCCAUCCCAGAUUUUCCAUUGUUAGACCAGUUUUCUAAUUAGGCAACUGUAUUUUAUUAUAGUACAUGUUGUGUUAACACACAAAUUAUGAAUGAAAUUUUCUGUUGCUCCUACUUAUAUAAAACACAGCAUUAUAGGUUUCCAUUUUUAUGUGUGUCAUCAGUGGGUAGAGAGGCUGCUAAAGCUAGUUCUUGUCAUACAAGCAGAAAAAGUAAUCUUUAUAAAUGAAACAGUUAGGAUCCACACACAUGCAUACAACAGGUUGUAAAUAGAUCAUCCUGAUUAUGUUUCUUUCCUUUUUUUUCAUCUAUUGUUAGGUCAGAGAAUACAAGUUGAGCCUCAUACUGUCAUUCUGGAUGUGCUUCUGUCAGAUUUAUGUCAUUGAAUUAGUUUCCUGUCCUGUACCUCACUUUGCAGUGUAGCACCUACUCAACAACUGUUCCACAGCCUGCUUUAAAAGCAAAUUUCAUUAGGAAAUGGCUUACUAGGCUUCCACUGUUUUAAAAAUUUAUAGCUUCCUUUUUUAAAUACAAAGUACUGUGUAACUGCUGAUUUACAUUCUUCUUGUUGGUGUACCAUAAUGUUCUUUACAGCAUGCAGCAAUAUUGCAGGUACAAUAUUUAUGCUAUUAUGAAUGUAUUUCAUAAUUAAUGUUACUAAUAGGGUAGAUUAAAAAUCUACUCACCAAGUGGCGACAGCACACACACACACACACACACACACACACACACACACACACACACAGAGAGAGAGAGAGAGAGAGAGAGAGAGAGAGAGAGAGAGAGAGAGAGAGAGGAGGUUAUAAUUAGACAAGCGGCUCCUUCAGGCAGAAAGGUUGAAGGAGAAGAAAGAGAAGUGAAGGAAAAGGACUGGAGAAGUCUUAAGAGAAUGGGUAAACUUUGGAAAAGUUACCCAGAACUGUGGGUCAGGAGAGACUUACCAGAUGGGAUGAGAAGGAAAUGUUCCUUUCUUUUUUUUCUAUACAAAUGACUAUUAUUAGGUCAGAGAACACAGGUUGUGCCCCAUGCUAUCAUUCUGGAUGUGCUUCUGUCAGAUUUUUGUCAUUGAAUUAGUUUCCUUCUCAUUCAGUGUGGUAAGCCUCCCCUGACUGGCAGUUCUGGGUGACUUUUAGACCUCUCCAGUCUUUUUUCUUCACCAUUCUUCCGUCCACUUCAACCCUUCUGGCUGAAGAAGGACCCACUGGCUCAGAAAGCGUGCCUAAUUAUAACCUUCUAUUAUAUGUGUUUUGUACCACCACAUGGUGGGUAGAUUUUUCAUGUAUCCAAUUACAUUAUAUUGAUUGUUUUCAUAAUUAAUAUUGUGUGCUGUAAUCAAAGAUUUAAUGUCAUUCUGUCCCUGUCUCCUGUGUUUGGCAUUUCAUUUAUUUUCUUUUCAGUUAGGUUUCUUUGGAUUCAUGAUGCUUUAUGCUAUCCUUGUGAAAAGCCAAAUAAAUGUCCAUCAAGACCAGAAACCAAGCUGUAAUUAAAAUUAUUGAGGAGGCAUUCAAAUAUUGAAAGUUUCAGAUAUUUGAAAGAGAGUUUUACCAAUGAAUCACAUUGAAAUAACAGGUUGGAGGUUAGUCAUCAGUCGCUAUUUAUCUGUUAGCUCCACUACCAAUUAUAGUUCUAAUAGAUAAAUUCAUCUAAGAAGUCUAAUGUGGUUAGUGGAUUAACUACAUUACCAUGUUGCUGUUGUUCUCGUCACGAUUCCUGCAUGUGACUGCAAUCUUGUGCUAUGUAUUUUUACUCCUGUUUAAGUAUAUGUUGUUUACAGCAGAAUUGUUGUUGUUGUUAUGAUGUAGACAUUUCUCUACACCAUAUUGUAAUUUUAUCACAUAGGAGCUUCUGUUUUUACAUCCAUAUUGAAAAUGAUGCGUUUGAUUGACUGGAUAACUCGGUGAAAAAAAUCACAUCAUAUAACAGAGUUCAUGUAUCAAGAUUCAUAUUGGUUUCCCUUUUUUUGUUGUGUGUAUGAAAACAAGCAUGCAGUUAUAGCAACAAUUAUGCCAAGUAUUCAGCAAAAUUAGUAACUGGUUUACUGCACCUUUCAAUUCAUAAGAAAACUAUCGGCAAUGUCUUGUUCACAAUAUACUUUGAAGGAAUCAGCUUUCUACUUAGAUCAGCAGAUAACGAAUUGGCUUCCUAUGCUAUUGUAAAUAUAUAAUUCAAGUACAUUCUAAAAAGAUACUGCUGAUGAUAAUUUCUGUUUAUGCAUAUGUUCCAAAAUUUAUGGACAACUUAAGGCUGUAAUAAAAUAAUGAUGCAAAAUAAAGUUAUAUGAUGUCUAUUUUUAUGCAAUAAAAAGUCUUCAUUAUAAGUAAAUGCAGUUUCAUAUAUGUAUAAUUCUCAUGAUGUUGUGUUGUGUAAAUAGCUGCCAAGAAUGUGAGAAGUUUACUGUUGUAUAAAUUAUUUGUUAAUAUUUUUUAGUUUAUAAUUGCAACAUGUUCCUGAUACCUAUAGCUUUAUUACAGUAAGAUUUGUUCCCUGUCACAAUUUUAUUCCAGUCAAAGUAAAAUGCAAAAAUGCAACUUAUUCCACAAGUUGAUUUGUUUAAGCUAAAUUUUGUUCUUUCCAGUCAAUUCAGUGUCAUUGUUUGGAUUCUGUGGUUUGUGUGUCAUAUUACAGGUUGAUGAAUCCAUUUACUGUAUGUUAACAUUAAGAAAAAGAAUGUAUGGGGAGUUCAUAUCACCAUAGAGCUAUUGAUAUAAAUUAAUUCUUGGAAGUUGCUUGCGUGCUUCCUGUUUUAAUUUCAGUUUUUUCUGAUUAUAUUUUGUGCUUUAACAUCAAGAAAGCAAAAGUAGUGUCAGUAUCCUUAUAUAUUGUUGCAAUGUAGUAUACAUACAUGUGGAUAUCUGCCAUAGAAUCAUUAAUUUGUCCAUUUAAGAAUUUAAUUUUUUAAUUAUCUUUCAGAAUAGUUUAUCACCAGUUAAUUUGUAUAAUUUGUUUCGUCUCAUUAAAUUUCCAAAAAAUAUCAGACUUAUUUAAGACAACCAUAAAAUUGUAUCUAUGGUGAAAUAAAUGUGAUGUAUUGUUUAGAUGAUUACAGUUGUUAUAUUUCCCAAGAAUAUGCUGCUCUUCUGUGUGGCUCAAAAUUGAUGACAUCCUCUUAGGUAUAAUAUUCUGGAGAUAAAAUAAUUGCCCAUUUGGAUCUGCAGCUGUAGGACUACUCAGAAGGAUGU